AGUUGUUGGAUCAGUCGACGGCUGCCUUUCGACAAGAGCACGAGGAUCUCGCGCAUAUCAGUUAAGCCCAAUUUGUUGUUACCUGUGUGUAAUACAGACUAUUCAAGUUGAAAUUGCAAGCUAGUUUUGAGUUGCUCAGCUGAAAAUGACAGACGCCAAGCCAAGUUCCUGGUGCGGUAAGGGUGACAAGCCCCGUGAUUUCGCCAAGCAUAAGCCAAUUAUUUGCUACGACCAGCCGGAGGCGGCGGUUAUCUCCAAGGUUGACUACGAUAAUAAACGCUUCUUGGCUGUGACUGGCGAGCUGCUGGAGACGUUGGUGGUGCCGAAGCGUGAGGCCCGCACCUGGACGAUGCAAGCGGGCGAUCUGUGCCGCAUUACAGUGCACGAGGGCUCCCAGGUGGGCGACAUGAAUUUCUGGAAUUUGGAGAAUCGGCAGGAGCGUUUCUAUUCGGGCAAAACGCGUCAGUUGCAUGCCUCCCAUCUGAAGGUGUACGAUAGACUUUGGAGUUGCCUGCCCCAUCUGCGUCCCAUGGCCACGUUCGUGUUCGACACCCUGGCCAAAUAUGGCAUCGAUGAGGAUGGCGGAGCAUUGCAUGAUGUAAUCGGCACACGCUGUGAUGAUUACACGUACAAGCUUAUCACGGGUAAGCAGCGAGUGGGCAGCUGUCACAGCUCCCUCGUCAAAGCUGUGGUGGAGGAGCGCGGCAUGUGCGAGCAGGAUGUGCACGAUGUGUGGAAUAUAUUCAUGUGCACCGGCUUCACCAGAGACACACAACAAUAUUUCUGCAAGCCAAGCCCCGCACAAAAGGGCGACUUUAUCGAGUUUAUCGCUGAAAUGAAUCUACUGGUUGCUCUCAGUUGUUGUCCCCAAGGCGAUGUCUCCGUACCAGUCGGCGCUGAGGUUCCAGACGACAAAUGUCAUCCAUUAAAGGUUGAAGUGUUCCGCCAGAAGUAAUUGUUCAUAUGUAAAGCGCAACUGUAUGUAUUAUAAAGCUUAUGCGUAAUCAAUUGUUAAUCUACAAUUCUCCUGGGGCUGUUUGGCUACGGAUCCCUGCCAUGUUCAAUUUGUUGCCAUUUACGUUGUUGCUUUACGAAUUCGAUUGAAUUAAACAUAAUUGUGAAUAUAACAAACUUGAAAUCAUUAAACGAUCAAAAAAGA